AUGUUCUCGACCAGUCAGCGAGUAGUGGUUCCCCGGUUGGCGCGGGGGAUCGCCAUGAAAGGUGAGGUCAAGUUGUCCAACCGACGGGUGAUGCGAAAGAUUGAGCAGGGUCGGGCGCGUCCCACCAUCUACCACCAGUUCGACACCCUCGUCGAAUUGUCCGACGGCCUGGUGAUCCGCAGACGCUCUCAAGCUCCCAAGGACGAAAUCCGGAUGAUUUCCGAUCAGAGAAACUCCCAGUUGUGGAACCCUAACCGCCAAGACUUGGUCACCACCGACCCCAACGCUACCGGGAAGGUUUCCAAGUUCCAGCAGAAAUAUGCCGACUUUGGUGUUAAGGCCGGCGGGUCCGGAAAGGCUCCCACCACCGAGGAACGGGUGGCUGACGACUUCAUCGAGCUCAUGGGCCACAACGUCCAAGAAGUGCAAAAGGGGGGUAAGUUGUUUGAUAAGAAGAAGGAUAAGAACCGUUGA